AUGAUAACGCGUCAAACAUCGAAAGUCUUACUGAAAAACACUAUAUAUCUAAUACGACUUAGAGAAGCUACAUAUUUUAUACGUUUGAACACUUUUCUCGUUGAGUCGAGUCAUUCGAGUUCAUUCGCACCCACUUGCUACGUCAUGCCCUUUGAAUGCCGCACAGUAAAUACCGCAAGCAACCGCCAUUUUGUCAAUUCAGUUUGGAAUCGAGCGUUAUACGAUCAAGAAGUCCCCAAAGUCUCAUCCUCAUUAAAAAUGGUUGAUUAUUUUAUUUACGCAGAAGAUUGUUCGGAUUCGAUAAAUAGAGCCGAGUAUUACCACAGCAACAACUUGAAGACUCUUGAACAAUUCAAAUGUGACGUCGAAAGCAUCAAAGAACAAUCAGUUGCCCAAGAGCCUACAAGACAAUUUAAAAUUGUUUAUUUGAACUGGAGCGACGUCUGUUGGGAGGUCAAUGAAGAUAAGGUUGGAAUGAAUAAUUAUACAAAUGGCGACGUGACUGGAUUAUCAAACGUCCAUACUUGUGAACGGAGAGAUCCAAGAUGCCUUAUACGGUACUUUCGAAAAAACUAUAUUGUUUGUGAAAAUGAUCGAAUCAAAUUACUGUACAUCGUCACAAAUGGCAAGAUUAGCCGGGAAAGUAUAGACGAAUGUUUGGAAUUGAAUAAAGAAAUAGAUUAUGAAAUGGUUGUUUUCCAUGCAUUCAAUGAAGACCCGGAAAAAAUCGACCUUUUAGUAGCUGCACCUUUCUUCAAGAGCCGUUGCAUCGUUUAUCACAAUACCGAACUUUGUAACCGUACUCAUAUUUCCAAGGAGUUUGAUUAUGACAAGAUCAGUAGCGACAACUUCGCAGUUGAAAUGCAACAACUUAUGUCUUAUAUUAAAUUGAAGUUCAUCAAUAAAUUCAAACGAGACGCUGAUGUUUGGCGAGAAAUUGAAAAAUUGCAUAACCUAAGAAAUCGAAUGCUUAGAGAAUUGUCAGAAAACACACCAAAAUGUCCAUUCUUUGAACGAAUGGAAGAAAAGGAAAGAAAAAUAUUAUUGCGCACAUUUGACGUAAAUAAGUUCAAGAAUUAUAUGGCUAUGGCAUAUGUGAUGAAGACUGACGUUGAAAAAUAUGUUGCAGCUAUGGUUAACUACAUCAAGAGCAAUAAAAAAUCCUGCUCGCUUGACGUCUUGAAGUUCGAUUCGAAAGUCAACGAGUCUGUUGAAGAAAAGCAGAUCGAUGAUGCUGAUUCUACAGACGAUGAAGAAAGUAAUUUUUUCCUGAUAGUUGAUGAAGAAAUGCAUGGAUACCGGAUAGGUCAAUUUAAGGACUCGAGAUGGAUCAACUAUCAAUACGUGGGGCGCGUGACUUUGAGUUCCAUACUGAUAACAUUGGACAUGAUCUCUGAUAACCCCCCCAUAAUGACCAUGUUUACAGAACUUCCCUCAAUAUCUACUGAAAGCAAAAACUAUGUGCUAUUAAGGAAAAAUCCAGAUUUGACUGAUUACCUCAUGUAUGUUUCUGCGAGAAAAAAGUUUUACGGGGAUUUGGUUACCCUUUUCCCAUCUAAUGUUUUAUUUGAAAUGAAAGACAUGCAUGAGUGUUAUCAGAAGGUAGUGAAAAAAGUUGGAGUCGAAGAAUUCCUUGAGGUAUCCGAGCCUCACUUUAUGCAAAUGAAACGCAUCAAAGAAAAAGAAAGAUCAAUGCAUAGAAAAAGAGAAACAGGAUUCAUUACUAUUUCUUUUAGUAAUUUUACCUUCCGAAGAAAAUGA